AUGUCUGCUGGAAACAUGACUUCAUUAUUGAAAUUAUGUUCUGUCGAUUUGUGUGAACGUUCAGCUCUAGCCGUAUGUGAGUGUCAUAAUAAAGAUUUAUGUAAUGAUCAUUUUAUGGAACAUACUACUCAAUUGAUUUCUGUAGUCAACGAAACAAAUACAAAUACGGAUCAGACUAAAAAACCAUCAAUGGAAAAACGAUCUUGUUUGACGAUUCUUAACAAAUGGUGUAAAAGUGUUUAUCAAAAUGUGAAACGUUCGAAUAUUGAAAACAAUCAACAAAUCGAGCUUGGUGAAUUAGAAGUUAAUUUCAAUGAAUCAAUACAAAAUAAUACGAUAGUAGAAGAUAUUUCAAGCAAGAUAUCACAACAAAAUCUCUUUCCUUUUGAACAGCCCUAUCGAUCUGUUCAAGUAGUUAGUAAAAGUUCUAUAUCUAUGGCUUGUAGUAAUAAAUAUUUAUUAAUUGAACAAAAACCUUAUCUAUGUUUACUUGAUCAAACUUUAACUAUUGUUAAACAAAUUCCAUGGCCAUGUGAAUAUGUCAAUAUAUGUUGGGCAUCAACACUCAAUCAGUUUAUUUUAGUUACAAAAAAAAAUAUUUUUACUCUUGAUGAAAAUACAAUGGAACUUCAAGAAUGUACAAUUGUUCAUCAUAAUAAAAAAGAUUGGUCAUGUGCUGCAUGUUCUGAUACGACUUUAUACUUAUCAACUAUAGAUAUGUCUGCAUUUUUGUAUGAAUAUACUCUUCAUCCAUCAAUUGAAUUCGUUAAAGAAUGGCAUCCAUUAGCUAUUUGUCCACUAUACGAAUCUAUUCUUACUUUCAGUUAUAGAAAUGAAAAAUUAGCAUUUAUUAUUUGCAAUGCUCAUACCUUUCAAAAUCGUCUUGAUCUACAUUCAUCAAUUACAUUCGAAGUUUUGUGGUCAAUUCCACUGAGUAUACUUGCUCGAUGUUGUUCGAUAAAUAAUGAUCAAUGGAUCAUAAUAAAUGCUUUGGAAACUCAACUUUUACAUAUUUCUUCUGAUGGAAAUAUCUUACAAGACUAUAGAAAUAUAUCAUCAUCGAUGAAUCCUAUAGUAAAUGCUAUUCAAUGGAGUAACGAUACUAUCGUCACUGCUACAAUAAAAAGUCUCAACUUGCAUAAACUUUCAUAA